CACACCUCUUCCAUUAACAAUUGCUCAGUAUUCCAGUACGCUUACGUGCACGUGACACCGGUUCAAUCUUUCGUCGUCUUGCUGCAGAGUCGUUUUGCUGAAUCAUAUAGCUCAUAUAGGAAUAGGAAUAGAUUUGUUUUUAGUAGUGCUUUCCUGGGACCUGUUAGUCGAGCAAGCAGUUCACCGGUCACGUACCUGUUUCAGUAUCUUAGCAUCAUAAGCAACAUGACAGCAUCCGAGCCGAUUUCUGGUGCUAUUAUCUCUCAAGCGGUUGAGCACGGUGCGCCGUAUGAGCCACCGUUGACUCCCGACCAUCCUGAAUGGCAGUUGCAUGUCCCAGCGGCUCAGGUCGACAAGAAAGACCAGAACACGCCUGACAGCUGGGUUCGUCGUGAUCCUCGCAUUAUUCGCCUCACCGGUCGCCAUCCGCUCAACUGCGAGCCGCCCAUCGAUGUCCUCAUGAAGUAUGGUUUUAUCACUCCUCCGGCCGUUCAUUUCGUUCGCAACCAUGGGCCUCCACCGCGCAUCACCUGGGGCGAGCACCGCGUUGAGAUCAAGGGCUUAGUCGAUAAGCCGCUGGUGCUUACCAUGGACGACAUUUUAUCGCUGCCAUCCGUUACCUUCCCCUGUACUCUCGUUUGCGCCGGCAACCGCCGCAAGGAAGAGAACAUGAUCAAGAAGUCCAUCGGCUUUAACUGGGGCUGCGGCGCUGUCAGCACCUCGUACUGGACCGGGGUGCGGCUGCGGGAUGUGCUGCUGCUUGCCGGCGUUAAGACUCCUGAGCAAGGCGCCAACUACGUGCGCUUCCGCGGCCCCAAGGGCGAGCUGCCGCGCGGAGAAGACGGCUCGUACGGCACCUCGGUGACGUACGGCAAGGCCAUGGAUCCCGCGUCUGACGUCAUCCUGGCGUACAAGCAGAACCAUAGGUGGCUGACACCGGACCACGGCUUCCCGGUCCGUGUGAUCAUCCCCGGCUACAUCGGCGGCCGCAUGAUCAAGUGGCUGGAGGAGAUUGAGGUGGCGGAGACGGAGUCACAGAACUUCUACCACUUCAUGGACAACCGCGUGAUGCCGUCGCACGUGGACGAGGCUCUCGCCACGGCGGAGGGCUGGUGGUACAAGCCCGACUUCAUGAUCACGGACCUCAACAUCAACUCUGCGGUGGCGCGGCCCUCGCACGACGAGGUGGUCCGGCUGGACGCCAACAGGCCCUACACCAUGAGCGGAUACGCGUACGCAGGUGCCGGCCGCAAGAUCAUUCGCUGCGAGGUGUCCCUGGACGACGGCAAGACCUGGAGGCUGGGCGACAUCCAGAGGUUCGAGAAGCCCAAUGCGUACGGCAAGUACUGGUGCUGGGUUCACUGGACGCUGGACGUCAUGACGUUCGAGCUGAUGAGCGCUAAGGAGGUCCUGCUGCGCGCCUGGGAUGAGUCCAUGAACACUCAGCCGGCGGUGAUUACCUGGAACCUGAUGGGCAUGCUCAACAACUGCUACUUCAGGAUCAAGAUCCACCCGCACGUGUGCGCUGAUGGCGUGCUGGGGCUGCGCUUCCAACACCCAGCGCCCCUCGAGCAGGGCGAGCUGGGGAACGUGGGCUGGCGCGAGGAGGAGGCGCUGGUAGCGCAAGCGCUGGCGGCGGUCAAGGAGGGAAGCGGCGUGCCGGCGCCACCGCCACCGCCGCAGCCCACAGCGGGAGCGGGCGCGGCCGCGAGUGCGCCUGCUGCCAACGGCACCGCGGGACCGCGGCAGUACACGAUGGAGGAGGUGGCGCAGCACAACACGGAGGAGAGCUGUUGGUUCGUACACGAUGGCAAGGUGUACGACGCCACUCCGUACCUGGAGGAGCACCCGGGCGGCUCCGAGUCCAUCCUCAUUGUGGCGGGUGCUGACGCCACGGAUGAGUUCAACUCCAUCCACUCCACCAAGGCAAAGAGCAUGCUCGCGCAGUACUACAUCGGGGAACUGGUGGCCAGCAAGUCGGCAGACGCAACACCGGCAGCGGCGGCAGCACCGGCAGCACCGGAGCCGCAACCCGUAGCUAGCACGUCGGGCCCCGCCGCCGCCGCCCCCCUGGUGGCCCUCAACCCGCGUGCCAAGGUGUCGCUGCCCCUCAUCGACCGCAUCGAGCUCAACCGCAACACGCGGAUCUUCCGCUUCGGCCUGCCCAGCCCCGAGCACCGGGUGGGGCUGCCCGUGGGGAAGCACGUCUUCGUGUACGCCAACAUUGGCGGGGAAACCGUCAUGCGCGCCUACACGCCAGUCAGCGGGGACCAGGAGCUGGGGCGACUCGACCUGCUCAUCAAGGUGUACUUUGCCAACGAGCACCCCGCCUUCCCUGCCGGCGGCAAGAUGAGCCAGCACAUGGAGUCCUUGCGCAUUGGCGACUGCCUGGACUUCAAGGGCCCGCUGGGGCACUUUGUGUUCGAGGGUGCUGGGUGCUACACGCUCAACGGGAAGAACCCGAAGCAGGCCACCCACAUGUCUUUCAUCGCGGGAGGCACCGGCAUCACGCCCUGCUAUGCGGUGAUCCGGGCGGCGCUGGCCGACCCACGGGACACCACGCAGCUCAGCCUGGUGUACGCCAACAACACGGAGCAGGACAUCCUCUUGCGCGAGGAGUUGGACGAGCUAGCCAACAACAACCCCGACCGGUUCCACUUGUGGUACACGGUUGUCGAGCCCACCCCCGAGUGGAAGUACGGCACGGGCCGGGUGACGCAGGACAUGUUCCGCGAGCACCUGUUCGCUGCUGCGGGCUCCGAGCGCCUGGCGCUCAUGUGCGGCCCGCCGCCCAUGAUCGAGUACGCCUGCCUGCCCUUCUUGAAGGCCAUGGGGUACGAGAAGGAGCAGAUGGUUCAGUUCUAAGCGGUGCCAGCAGUGUACCGUUGGGAUGGAAGUCUAGCUAGCAAUGCGGGAGGUUGCGGCUGGUUGCUGUUUGGUGUCGGUGUCUUGCUAUCGUGCGUCAUCGGUUGGAGAUAUCCUGUAUUAUAAGCGCAUGGAAGGGCCCCUUGGUCGCCCUUGGUGAGGGGGCUCAGGAGGUAGGGGAGCGGGCGCAUGUUAUGUGGAGUAUGGGCAUGUUUUGGCUAUUUGCUGUUUUACGAACUGUCUCAUCAAGGCCGACGGGUAUGUUCGGCUUUUCGACGUGAUUUAUUGCUAAUAUUGACGCAUGACACAUACAUGAGAGGGAUUGCUGACGGUGCCGCUUUGUAAACGGCGGGCACGGGCUUAAGGGUGAGUGCUGCGCGCUGGGUGCAACACAACUACACAGGGGGAGCUUUGAGCUAGCUAGCCCACUGGGAUGCGUUGCAAUAGAAACGUGCAUAACGUGUAUGUUAAGCAGGGAGUGGCGUACGGCAGUUGUGUGCGAGUACGGUAGCCUAUGAUGUCCUUUUCCCAGUCCGAUAAGCAUAGAGUGGAGAGUUUCCUGUCAUAUGAUAAGGAUGCGGAUUAUUCUGUUUGUAACACGCAAGUGUACCGUACCUCGUGGACAAGCUUUAUCUCAUAAGCCUUUCUUGGUUCACGUGCUUCCCCUUUUGCUAGUAGCCUCCACCAUCACACUGGCCCAUCCAAGCUGGUGUCCAGGCUUAGUCCUGGUUGCUGUUGCCCUUGUAAUGGUAGUUGUUGUUUCAAACCCAGGGUACCGGCAUGCAACCCAUGCGAGCUGUCUCGGACGGGGACACUUUGCACACACAACCCCUGAG